AGUUGGUGGUGAGAGAUCUUUCUUUCCCUGGCUUCAGUUUUACAGUAGUACUCAAGCACCUCUCUUUCUCUCUCUAUCUUUCUCUCUCUCUAUACAGGCAUGCAAGCACAGGCUCUUCCUCAACUAAAUUCCACUUUUGACCAUCCCACCUCACCCCAAUCCCAUGAAUUCCUCUUCCUCUUCUUCUUCAACUCUUCGGCCUUCGCUUUUCUUCUGAAUUCUCUCUCGCAUGUCGGUCUCCGGCAUCGAAUCCGUGUUAGAUUUCCUCAGAAAAAAUGGCUUCUCCGACUCCGAAUCGGCUCUCAUGGAGGACCUCCUUGACAAGUCCGAAUUCCGCUCCUUCAAUUUCGAGAAGUUCAUAUUCCCUAUGCUCCCGCCUCCCCCUCCGGCGAUCCGCCAGGCGGAGGACGGAGGAGAUGAUUCUUCUGAGGAACUCGUCAGCUUCUGUUCUUGCACCACCGAUUUGUGUUCUUCUGAGUUCACAAAUCCAUAUGGACUUCACAUUACGACCGGGGUAAGCUCCCAAGCUUCCUCAGAUAGAUUAUCUCAAUUUGGUACUGCUUGUGAUUACCAGGAUUUUGAUAUGCAAAAUGACCUCUACUGGUACAAUGAGAAAGACGAAGACUACAUUGUGCCUCCCCACUUUGGUAGGCCAGACUCCAUUAUCUGUCCAAGUGAGGACAAGUUUGUUAUGACUUUGGAGACGGGGAAGCAAAUCAGCCAACUUGGUCUCAUUCAUAUGUCAGAAGGAUUUCAAACUGUAGACAAGAGUAAUUACUUGGACAAGCCCUGGUCUUUCAAUGUUUCCUCCUUGGACGAAAUCAUUGGGGUUCAAGUCACGGAUUAUCAUCAUUUGGAUGAAAAUGUCAAAUAUGAAGGAAUUGUUGAAAAGGCAAAAAAGGGUUCAGCACCUGUUAGUGAUUGCUGUUUGGAAGGAGGAUUUUUUGAUAGGGAUCCUAAGGAUCAUAGUCUUAUGAAUAUGAAAGUUGCUGAUGUAAAUGAUUUUAAAUGUAAGAGGAGUGCCACCAAUGACUGGGCCGAAGAGUCUAAAGCUGCCAAUGAGUUGCAUAUUCCAGUUACUGAGAAAGAUUUCCUACCAAAUGGAAAAGACGACCAUGAUGGUGGAAAUGCAAGAGAACUGGCCGGAGAUUCCCUUCUGCAAGAGGGUGUUGCUGAUGAAGAAGAGGGUGUUGCUGCAGAUCAGCUUCUGACGUAUGACAGUAACGAGGAAGAACAUGAAGUAUUCAAUCUAAGAAUUAUCCACAGGAAAAACCGGACUGGAUUCGAAGAGAACAAGGAUCUGCCUAUUGUUCUUAAUAGCAUCAUAGCUGGCAGAUAUUAUGUUACAGAAUACCUUGGUUCAGCUGCUUUCAGCAGAGUUGUUCAGGCACAAGAUCUGCACACGGAAGUGGCUGUUUGCUUGAAGAUCAUUAAAAAUGAUAAGGACUUCUUUGAUCAGAGCUUAGAUGAAAUCAAACUUCUAAAGUUUGUGAACAAGCAUGAUCCUGGUGAUGAACGCCACAUUUUGCGUCUAUAUGAUUACUUCUACUAUCAGGAGCAUCUUUUCAUUGUUUGUGAACUUCUUCGGGCAAACUUGUAUGAAUUUCACAAAUAUAAUCGAGAAUCUGGUGGAGAGCCAUAUUUUACAUUGAGCAGGCUGCAGCACAUAACCCGGCAAUGUUUGGAGGCACUAGAAUACUUGCAUCACUUGGGAGUUAUCCACUGUGAUCUUAAGCCUGAGAAUAUUCUUAUCAAAAGUUACACGAGAUGUGAGAUAAAGGUUAUUGAUCUUGGAAGCAGUUGCUUUGAGACAGACAACUUGUGCCUCUAUGUACAAUCUCGUUCCUACAGGGCUCCCGAAGUCAUCCUUGGCCUCCCAUAUGAUCAGAAGAUUGACCUUUGGUCUCUUGGCUGCAUCUUGGCUGAGCUAUGCUCUGGCGAAGUGCUUUUUCCAAAUGAUGCACUUGUGAUGUUGCUGGCUCGCAUGAUUGGCAUGCUUGGUCCAAUUGAUAUGGAGAUGUUAGUGAAGGGGCAGGAGACAGACAAGUAUUUUACAGAAGAAUAUGAUCUUUAUCUAAUAAAUGAGGAAACAAACCAAUUGGAGUACGUAAUUCCCGAGGAGUCAUCCUUGGAGAAUCACCUACAGGUCUCUGAUACUGGAUUUAUUAAUUUCGUAACGGACUUACUUGAAAUAAAUCCCGAGAGGCGUCCAACUGCAAGGGAGGCGCUAGAGCACCCGUGGCUUUCUCAUCAGUACGUAUAGCUUUCUGUUUUCUGUCAAGACAAGACCAAUCUAAGUUUCUGAUCAAAAAUUCUGAUUUUAUAUACAUACAGAGUAACCAUGUUGUAUUGUAUAUAUAUUCUUUAUCAACAUUUUUGUAUUGUAUUCUGACUGUAAUUCUUUGUUUUCUGGGAGGGCUUGGAAAAUUGGAUAUCAAAUAAUGAUUCGGGUUCCGUAUGUGUUAUGGAGUUCCCUUUAUGUAAUUAAACACUUGGUUAUAUAAUGAAAGCAUAUAGUUUUUUGGGUGAGAAAAUA